AUGUCAAAACGAGUUAAGGUGAUAGAAGAUUUCAUAGCUUUUGGUAAUGUUUGUAAAUCAUGGCGAGUUGCAGCUACAAAGGAAAAUUUUGAUGUGUUUGCGCUUCAAGUUCCGUUGCUACUUCUGGCUGACAAAAACGAUGAUUAUCGGGAAUUUUAUUCUCUUUCCAAGCAGAAAGUUUUGCGCAUGUAUCUAGAGGACAAGAGUGUUUUGCAUCUGUUGCAUCCUUUUUCCCUCGCCCAAAUUCCACUUCCUGACUUAUUUGCUUCACAGGGUCGCAGAGAAGGACUCUUCCGGCGGGGUUGCAUGGAUGACGCUAUCUUAUCUGUCCGUCCUUCUCUUACAUCAGAUUAUGUACUGCUGAUUUUCUAUUGGGGAGGAGGUGGUAAUCCUUUGUCUUUUUGGCGACCCGGAAACCUCAAUUGGACUAAUAUCAUUGAACAAUGGGGUGGUGAUGCGUUCACUGGUAUCAACUAUUAUAAGGGUCAAUUUUAUUAUGUGUCAUGGUCUGCUGAAGUUUGGGCUUUUGAUGUUCCAGAGCCUGUACCAAUUGAGCGGUGCUUGCUUGUUCAGCUGGAGGCUGAUAUGCCGUGUCAUAACUCACGUCUGUUUUAUCUAGUUGAGUUAUUUGGUGCACUAUUACUUGUUAUCCAAUUAUUUGGCGAUAAUGACGUUAUAGUUGGUCGAAAGGGUGGGUACAAGUCCCUCAAAUUUAAAGUCUUUGAAUUAGAUGUAAUCAAAGGUGAACUGAAGGAGGAGAUUAAGAACUUGGGAGAGUCAGCAAUCUUUGUGGGCCAUAAUAGAGCAAGUUCCGUUGACACUUCUAUGUUUACAGUAGUCAAAUUUAAUCACAUAUAUUUUGUUGAUGAUUGA